AUGUGCGAACCUAGCAGUUGGGAGAACGGUAUCCCGGUUUUCCGGCCCGAUUUUGAGGUGUUUAAGGACUUUUACCAGUACGUAAGUGCCCUUGACAAAUAUGGGAAACAGUCGGGCAUAGUGAAAGUCAUACCUCCUUCAGAAUGGCUUGAUAAGCUCCAGAUACCGCCUAGCGCUGAGUCGUUGCAGAAAAUAAAGAUAAAAACGCCUAUUCAGCAGCAUUAUCAUGGCGCAAAGGGGGUUUUUAUGGUACAAAACGUGGAAAAACCGAAAACAUACAAUAUCAUUCAAUGGAAAGACCUCUCGUAUGACUAUCGGUUACCGGACCGUGGGUCUCAAGGUGGACACGGUAAUGGUGAACAAGAAGCGGCCGCGGCGGCAGGCGGAGACGCGGGCGAGCGUGCGAAAUCACCUUCGCCGGCCAAAUCGUCCAAAAUCAAACUCAGAAACCAUGAAUCCUUCACACUGGAGGACUUCAAAAAUUUUGAGCAGCAUUACAAUUACGACAACUUAACAGAGUUUCGCGAUCCAGAGAGACUCGCGUUUCUGGAGUCUUAUUUCUGGAAAACUCUCACUUUUACGCCUCCCAUGUACGGUGCAGACACCCCGGGGUCCCUUUUCGAUGAAUCGUUAACAACUUGGAAUGUUUCAAAGCUCCCCAAUCUGCUGGACCACAUGGAAACACGACUAUUGGGUGUGAACGAUUCCUACUUGUAUGCAGGUUUAUGGAAGGCCGCGUUUCCCUGGCAUCUGGAAGACCAGGAUUUGUAUUCCAUCAACUAUCUGCAUUUCGGGGCUCCAAAGCAGUGGUACGCCAUUCCACAAGAGGAUGCCGACAAAUUUUACAAACUUAUGCAAGAACAGUUUCCAGAGCACGCAGCUAAAUGUGAUGAAUUUCUAAGGCAUAAAACUUUCUUCGUGUCCCCCAAAAUCUUAGAAAAGAAUAAUAUCCGUUGUAACAAGAUCGUACACCAUGAACAUGAGUUUAUUAUCACUUAUCCUUACGGUUAUCACGCUGGUUUCAACUACGGCUAUAAUCUAGCAGAAUCUGUCAAUUUCGCCUUGGAAAGCUGGCUAGAAAUUGGUGCCCAGGCGAAAAAGUGCAUGUGUGUUGAAGAUGCUGUAGGUAUUGACACGGCAAAAUUGAAGAAUAACUGGCAGAAACAUCUCGCGAAAACAGCAGAGCGAUCAGUUGCAAGGGAUGGUGAUGGGGACUCCGCCAAAAAAAGAAAAAUAGAGCAAAUUACUACUCAACCAAAUUUUGGCUUGGCAAAUAUCAAUACCGAAAAGCUCAAACAAGAUGCUCAAGUUCUUUGUCCGUCUCCUGAGAGAAAUACGACACCGAAGUUUCCCAGAGAAAACCCGCGCUUGAAGGGCUUUAAUGAACUAUUGCACCACAGCUCUUGCGAGCUUCAAGCAAUGGAAGACAACCCUCAACAGAGCGCCAUGCGCUCCACCAGCCCAAAUCCGGGUCAAUACUACAGCGGUCUUAGUCAAUCUAUAAGUCGGAUCUCUUCGCCACUGUUGUCAAGAAUGAUGGACCUCUCAAACAUCGUGGAACCCACAUUGGAGGAUCCCACACUCAAAUUCAAAAAGAGGGCUCCUGUCCACGGUCAAAAGCAGAGCGCAACUCAAUCUCCUCGGAUUCUGGACGAUCAUGAUGACAAUAUGCUCGCUAUGAGUCUAGCCUCGAUGGCCAGCGGUGCUUCUUCUCCACGAUACCCUCUACCGCCCAUCCAACCCAGACCAUACUCUCCAGCGGCUGAUACCAUUCUAGCGCCAGGCCCCCUAUAUGAGCAGAAUCCCUUUAGUUAUUACUCGACAUUCAAAAGUACAGCCGGCUCUCCGCCGCCAUCAUCUCCCGGCCCAUCAAGUCUGCCCUUUAUCAAGCGCCUGAAAAGCCCCAACAGAGUAACUUUGAACAUUUCUCGAGAGUCAUCAAGAAGCCCGGUAUCAUUAAAUUCAGAGUUCAGGUCUCCAUUAGCUCAGAAUAUUUCAUCUGUGGGUCAGGCUAAUAUAAACUCUAAUCUGAGUCAGGCCACAACCAUGGAAAGAUCACCGCCCGUCUCUCCAUUCAAGAAUAAGGAUGGUGAUGUUGAAAUACCGCGAAGGCCUCUAAAUCAAUCGAAGAUCUCUUCCGAAGAAAUAGUUGUGUCGGAUAAGGGCAAAAUUUACGUCUGCCAAGAAUGUAGAAGGCAGUUUUCGUCGGGUCAUCAUUUAACGCGACACAAGAAGUCAGUUCAUUCAGGUGAAAAACCUCACUCUUGUCCAAAAUGCGGCAAGAAAUUCAAAAGACGUGAUCAUGUUCUACAGCAUUUGAACAAAAAGAUUCCUUGCACUGGGGAAGGUGGCGAAGAGGCUUACCCGAAAUCUAGAAAAAGUGCAAAGGAGCACAUCACCCUACAAGAUACUUCAAUCGGGGAAUACAGCAGUUCGGCUCUUUAG